CACGGGUAUUAUACUAGUGUGUGUGUUUUGGUUCAAAUAAGAACACCAUCUAAUGAGAUAAAUAAGAAACAAUCUUGGCCAUUAGAUCAACUGAUUUUCUCAGAUUCUCACGUGUGGGUUUGGAGGCCAAGAUGGUCAUUGCAACAUUUCUUCCCUUUUGUACAUACGUAUCUUUCCUUCUAUAUUUCUUUCCAUUAUAUUUUGUCAAUUAAUUAAACAUUUUAUUCCAUUCCUUUUGAGUUACGGAUGCCAUUCCAUGUACGUGAAAUCAAGCUGCUCGACUUUCUGACUAUCUCUUCCUCCCCAAAAACUCCGAAGCUCCAUUGAUGGAUAAAGAAGCUUUACAAAUAUCUCCUGGGUCAACUAAGUAUUGGAUCCCUGAAUGUGAUGAAACAUUUAAACCAAGGCUUGGCAUGGUAUUCAAAACCCUUGAGGACGGUAUUGAGUUUUAUAAGCAGUAUGCGGGUGCUUGUGGCUUCGACUCUCGUAUUGGUUCUCAAACUAAGGACCGCUGGCCUAGGACAGACACUAUUGUGUGGAAAUAUGUUGUGUGCAAUAGAGCGGGUUUCAAAAAUGUUGCUAAACUCAAGCCGCUAGAAUCCAGUCAUUCUCCCGUUUUUAGCGUUGUUAGUGAUGAACAACCAGAAUGCUCACAUAAUGACGUAGAGGCUCACAUUUUUCCCAAGCAACCAGAACCCUCCAAUGCUAUUCCGGACACCUAGGAAAAAAAACAGAGGCGUCGUGUAUCAAAUUGUGUUGGCUGCAAAGCACAUGCACAUAAGAUUGAGACUCAAUGGUCUUAAGGGAUAUGCAUGUUAUAACGUUAUUUGAAGAGCACCACAAUCAUCAUAUGUCAUCUGUGGAUGCAAGACCGUUUCUUAAAGUCAACAGGAAGUUGGAUUUUGGUCAUCAGAAGUUUGUUCUCAAUUGUGCAAAGGCUAAUAUUGGAACUAUGAAAUUGUACCGGCUGUACAAGGAAACUGUUGGAGGAUAUUGCAAUAUUGGUGCAAUGGCUGUUGAUUUCAAGAACUUUAAGCGAAAUUUGAAGGCAUACAUUUCGGGUGUGGAUGCACAAAUCCUAAUUGAUAAGCUUUUUUGGAAGCAAAAAACUUGUUCAACUUAAAUUUUUGAGUAUGACGUUGAGGAAAGUGAUCAAUUGACACGUCUUUUCUGGGC